AGCACUGGAUCUGUGUAUAUAAAUUCAAUAUUAUACAAAGUCAAAAUCUAUAGGCUCUCUCUCUCUCUCUCCAUAUAUACAAGCAGCCAAAUUUCUAUGCAAUUAGCAAAGAGGCGUUCAAAAUCAAUGGAGAUUGAAAAGUCUUUGCUGGGAAAUUCAGUUAUGGAAGAGAACAGAAUGAAAUCUGAUGGUGAUGAUUCAGAAGGCACUUCCAAAGAUAUAAACAAGGGAGGAGAUGUUGAAGAAGUAGCUGAAGGAAAAUACAAUUUGAAGCUGCAGCCUUCACCUACACAAAAGGAUAGAGCUCAGAGCAAGCACAAACAGGAAGCAGAUGAUGAACUGGAAUUAGCUAAAGCUGAAAUGGGGGAGGUUAGAGAAGAAAAUAAAAGGCUAAAGGUGUUAUUAGCGCAAAUCGUGAAGGAUUACCAGGAACUUCAGAUGCAUUUUCUUGAUGUUAUUCAAAAACAAGAAACAAAUAAGAAAUCUAUGGAUACCAGUAGUACAGCUGAUCAUCAAGGAACUGUUUCGGCUGAAGCUGAUGAACUUGUGUCCCUUAGCCUUGGGAGAACCUCGAGUAGUACUAGUACUCAUGAUCAUCAUCUCAGAAAGGAUCAUCAUGAGAUGAUGAAAAAGACCAGCAGAGAUGACGAUUACGGGGUAAUGAAUGAAGCUGGACUUGCAUUGGAAUUGGGAUGCAGAUCAUUUGAGCCAGCUGCUGCUGAUCAUGAAACUACGAAGGUUAAUUCAAGCUCCGAAAUUAAUAGUUCAGCCGCAGAUCCAAAGGAAGACGAAGUAACUAAGAUAUGGCCGCCUAGUAAAAUGUUGAAGACAAGAGAUGAUGAUGUUUCACAACAGCAGACCCAUUUGAAGAAAGCUAGGGUUUCUGUCCGAGCUAGAUGCGAUGCUCCAACAUUGAAUGAUGGAUGUCAAUGGAGAAAAUAUGGACAGAAAAUAGCAAAAGGAAAUCCAUGCCCUCGAGCAUACUACCGUUGCACAGUUUCACCGUCGUGCCCUGUGAGAAAACAAGUGCAAAGAUGUGCGGAAGACAUGUCGAUAUUGAUCACAACCUAUGAGGGUAACCACAACCAUCCACUUCCCAUGUCAGCCACGGCCAUGGCCUCCACCACCUCCGCCGCGGCAUCCAUGCUUCAGUCUCACUCAUCCACCUCGCAACAAGGCCUUGUCAACUCAACCACCGCCCCCAUCUCCACCUCCACUAGUAACCUCCAUGGCCAUGGACCAAACUUCACCAAUAGUCUCUCCCAGAAUUCAUCGAGACUACUACCACAGUCACAGUUCUAUUUCCCCAACAGUUCAAUCUCAACCAACAAUUCCCACCCAACCAUCACCCUUGAUCUCACUGCUCCAUCUCCCUCCCAUUUCGGACUAAGAUUUCCUUCAGGGUUACCGAGAUAUUCCUCGAGUACAAGCCUCAACUUUUCGUCAUCGUCUUCCUCUUCUUUCGACCACAACACAUUACUACAAGCACCAAAUUGGAUUAACAAUCCCGCUGCUGCAGGCUAUUUCAACUAUGGGACGGUACUAUCUCAUCGGAAUAGGAUGAACCAAGCUGUUGGGGGGUCUUCUCUUAACAACGGAAAGCAGCCAUUUCAAGAACCUAAUUUCUACCAAUCUUACAUACAAAAUUCUCAGAAAGCAGCUCCUGCUGCACCUCAGCAUCAUCUGUUUACAGAGACAUUAGCCACUGCAACAAAAGCAAUCACAUCAAACCCUACGUUUCAAUCAGCUUUAGCAGCGGCACUCACGUCAUUUGUUGGUGCUAAUGGGGGUACUAGAGGGGCGGUCAGAGAAACUAGUCACAUCGUUAAUGGCAGUAGUAGUACUGAAAGUUCUGGGCUGAAAUUGAAGUGGGGUGAGUCCUUGACGCCGAUUAAUCCAAUCUACCCAUCAACCCAGAAAGGAAUCGGGUGCGCAUCACCAGGCUACUUGAACAAAUCAUCGUCGCCAUUGAAUUAGUUCUCAAUAUCAUGGGAGCUUUGUGUUGUUUUCCACCUUCAUUGCAACAUUCCAUGCACGUCUAACAUUUCUGUGUCUCAGCUGGGAAUAGGAGGCAUUUCAAGCAGAGUAAUGCUAGAGCUAGGGACUAUAUUUUUCGAUCACAUUAAUGAAUCGCAUUAUGUGACAAGUGCGGCCUCCUUGUUACAUUGACCAGCCGGUAGAUAAUAAAACACCUGCUUCAUAGUGUUGAUAAUUACAUGUGGCUUAAAAAUGUAGUCUCUUUAGCAUUAUAGCGGCUAGUGUAAUUAAUACCUCUUUCUCAAUUAGUCUUAGUAUCUCUGAUGAUGUCAAAACAAGUUAGGUAUAUCAUGUAAAUUAAAUUGCUAUACAUGUCCUAUAAACUGAUACAGUUUGCAAAAUUUAUAUAAUUGUAGAUUUAUGAACAUCAUGA